AUGAACGAUAAUCAAGACUGCCUGCGACAGAGAGAGGAAAACACUCAUCUCGAGCAGCCCGGAAGCGACUCCUGCCACCGCCAGGGUGUUGAGUGUGCCAUCGAUGAUAAUGUCCCACGCCACGACUCUUACAUAGAGUCUCCCAAUGAUACAGAGGCAAAAUCAAUACUGAUGUGCGAUGAUCCUAAUGCAUACCGAAUAUCUUACGCGAGCAAUGAGCCUGCAGGCGAUGGAGCAGUAGAGACUACGUCCAUCCUACUGUCACAACCGCUGCCGCUGCGAUCGAACGUGAUGUCCGUUUUGGUCGGUAUAUUUGUUGCCGUGGGAGGGUUUUUGUUUGGAUAUGAUACUGGGCUAAUCAACAGCAUCACCGAUAUGCCGUAUGUUAAAACAUACAUUGCUCCAAACCAUUCAAAUUUCACCACCAACCAAAUAGCCAUACUUGUAUCGUUUCUUUCCUUGGGGACAUUCUUCGGUGCGUUGAUCGCUCCCUAUAUCUCGGAUUCAUAUGGUAGGAAACCCACAAUCAUGUUCAGCACUGCCAUCAUUUUUUCCAUAGGAAACUCUUUACAAGUUGCAUCUGGUGGCUUGGUGCUAUUAAUAGUCGGAAGAGUCAUUUCCGGUAUUGGGAUCGGGAUAAUUUCUGCGGUCGUACCCCUAUAUCAAGCUGAAGCUGCACAGAAAAAUCUUAGAGGGGCCAUCAUUUCCAGUUAUCAGUGGGCAAUUACUAUCGGGUUACUUGUGUCCAGUGCGGUGUCGCAAGGCACUCACUCUAAAAAUGGACCUUCCUCAUAUAGAAUACCCAUUGGUUUACAAUAUGUUUGGUCUAGUGUUCUAGCUGUGGGUAUGAUUUUUCUUCCAGAGAGCCCACGAUAUUAUGUCCUGAAAGAUGAGCUUAAUAAAGCUGCCAAGUCGCUGUCCUUUUUAAGAGGCCUUCCGAUUGAAGAUCCGAGACUUUUAGAAGAGCUAGUGGAAAUCAAGGCCACUUACGAUUAUGAGGCGUCGUUUGGUCCCUCAACGCUUUUGGAUUGUUUCAAGACAAGUGAAAAUAGGCCCAAACAGGUUUUGCGAAUAUUCACCGGUAUUGCCAUUCAGGCUUUCCAACAAGCUUCAGGCAUAAAUUUCAUAUUCUAUUACGGAGUUAAUUUUUUCAACAACACAGGAGUGGACAGUUCCUACUUGGUCUCCUUUAUCAGCUAUGCUGUCAAUGUUGCCUUCAGUAUACCUGGCAUGUAUUUAGUGGAUCGAAUAGGUAGGAGACCGGUACUUCUUGCUGGAGGUUGCAUAAUGGCUGUAGCGAAUUUGGUUAUUGCCAUUGUUGGUGUUUCAGAAGGCAAAACCGUUGUAGCAAGUAAAGUUAUGAUUGCAUUUAUCUGCCUUUUCAUUGCCGCAUUUUCGGCCACAUGGGGGGGUGUCGUAUGGGUAGUAUCUGCUGAAUUGUACCCACUAGGUGUCAGAUCAAAGUGUGCUGCCAUAUGUGCUGCUUCAAAUUGGCUGGUCAAUUUCAUUUGCGCUCUGAUUACACCGUAUAUUGUUGACGUUGGAUCACAUACGUCUUCCAUAGGACCCAAGAUUUUUUUCAUUUGGGGUGGUCUAAACGUUGUGGCCGUUAUCGUUGUUUAUUUCGCUGUGUAUGAAACAAGAGGGUUAACCUUGGAAGAGAUCGAUGAAUUAUUCAGGAAGGCACCGAAUAGUGUCACUUCCAGCAAAUGGAAUGAAAAGUUGAGAAAAAGAUGCGUGGCGCUUCCUAUUUCGCAACAAAUAGAAAUCAAAACCAACAUCAAGAACGCUGGCAAACUAGAAGACAACAUCAGUCCAGUUGCGGAAGAUACCGCUAUCGAUAACAAUAGUUCAUCCAAUGUUGAAAAAUUCUUGCAAGAUCUGCUACUAUCGAAGGAUCGUGUCAUCGUGGCGAACAAAGAAAAUAGCGCCCUAGUAGACGCUACCAAUGCCGUCCCUCUGACGUCCAUGGAACUCAAACCUGUGGAAUGCCCGUCGAUGAAUUACGUGGACUUGGGGAAUGGUCUCGGUCUGAAUACAUAUAACAGAGGCCCCCCAUCUAUCAUUUCUGAUUCUACAGACGAAUUCUACCAAGAAGAUGACUCUUCCAAUGGCAAUAGCAACUCCGAGGAAAACGGCGACAACAGCGUCAGCACAUAUAUGGCUCAACUAAUCAACAGUCCAUCCACUACAAGCAACGAUACGGCUUUAUCUCAAUCCCACAAUAGCAAUGCAAGAACAUCAUCUAAUUGGACGAGUGAUCUUGCUAGCAAGCACAGUCAAUACACCCCGCCAAAUCACAAUCUUUAG